AUGAUCAACAGCAAAGUGAAGACCACGGAAGAGCUUGACAAGAAGGUCUGGCAGAUGGAGACAGACCUGCUGGACGCAAAACAGAAGACCGAGUUCUACAGAGACAAGAUGCAGGAGUUGAUCCUGUUUGAAAACAAGUGCAAGAACCGCCUGGCCGAGAUUUCUGACCGGGUGGAACUGGACAAGAAAGAGGUCGAAGACUUGGCAAAGAAGUACGACGGCAAGUACAAGUCGACCGGCGAGACCGCCUCCCGCCUCCAGCAAGAGGAGGCGCUCUUCAAGUCGCUCCAGGACCAAAAGCUGGAGCUCUUCAAUGCGGUCGCGGCACUUGAGGCGGGCGCAGACCCCAGCACACGUGUCCAGGAGAAGGUCAACACGAUAUUGGCGGAGAUCGACGCACUCCGCAACGCGGCCGUGGAACGUGCCACCAAACUGGGGGUCCAGGCUGCCCUCCCAGCUGCCCCCCAGGGGCCCCUCGUUUUGGCGGGGGCCGCGCCGUCUCUGGCCGCUUCUGAAGGGAGCGCUUUUGGCUGGACGGAUGGCGCCAACUCCGGCGCGGCUGACUGGGACGAGGACUGGGACAACUUUGAAGACGAAGGUUUUGAGAUCGUGGAGUCACUCAGCCCCAACGACCCCGGGUUCCCGUUGCCCGCCAAGUUGCCCGCAGUCCAGGCUGCCCCUAAUCUUGCUCCUGCCAACGUCGCCUUUCAGGCCGAUUUUGGGACCGGCAGUACUCCCCAGUCCCCCGGCGGCCUGAGCGCCGUACCAUCCUCUCCCGCCGCCAGCCACUCGGCGCAAUCUCCUAAGGGGGGGCCGACUCAGGGGGCGUUCAAGCCCCCCAUUAUGGGGAUCAGCCCGCCGCCGACGUCCUCUGCCAAGAAGGCGGCUCAGAGGUAUGCGGGCGUGUCCGACUCCCACGAUAAGGCCGACACCUCCGGCCAGUCCUCCCCGUCCUCCAGCUUCGACACCGGCUCCGAGUGGCGCCGCCCCGGCGGCGGGUUCGGUGACUCGGACGGCUCUUCGGACGCAGUCAACAGUAACGUCCGUGCCAGCUGGGGAAUGAACAGCGUCGCAGCGUCGUUCGAUUCUGCGGGCGCAGGCAACGUGCGUGCGUCGCAGAAGGUGGGGGGUAAUCUGAGCCGGCUGGCGCCCCCCCUGGAGGAGAGGAGCGACGCGUUUGGGCACUACAACGCGAGCAAAUGGGCCGAGGAUCAGAGCCCCAGCCCCGCAGCCAAGCCUUUCAAGCCAGCGGGGCUCGGCAACAUUCUGCCCGCCGGUGACGACACCUUCUCCGAGGCUGGCUCCGGUCGCUUCUCCCCGCAGACUGAGAAACCUUUUGGCAGCAGCUUUGAUGAUGGUGACCCGUUCAACGUCCGGGCUAGCACCAACCCGCCACCGACCAGCGCCUUUGUUAAGACAGAUGCUUGGAGCGCUUUUGAUUAG